UGCAUUUGUUGCUUUUUUUUUUUUUUAACAUUAUUUGAGUCAAAUCGCAGAGCACACGUGGAGGAAGAAGCAGCGAUUUCGUGCACUCCGCGUGCUUUGGGCGCACAUGAGGGCCAGUUCCCCAGAAUUUUCACCUGUAUUGCACUCAUCAGAACGCUGUGCAGACCUGUCGCUUCCCGUGCGUCCUAUCCUUCUGUCACCUGUGUGAGAGGUGACAGGGUGGGACCUGGGUCCCUGCCUCCACCACAGCCCCGGAUACGGGAACCCCUGCUCUGAAGGCGGCCCGCUGCUUUCUGCAGUCUCUGCUCCUCAGCUUUGAGGUGCGAAUAUUUAAAGUCCAUCUCGCCUUCUUCAUCUGGCCAGCAGAGGUCUGGAAAAUCGCUUUUUCAGAGGCGGUUUGUUUUGCUGGCCCCUGCUGCUCCCUGGCUGUCCUGGUCCUGGCGUCCGGGGCGAUGCUGCUCCCUGGAAUGGGCCUGCUUCCCCGCGCCGUCCCUGCCGUCACCGCCCAGCCUCAGAGCCUCGCUAGCGGGGGUCUGGGCCGCCCCGGGGCUGCGUCACCCCCAGACCUCCUGCCCAGCCUUGCUACCCUGGGGCUGCAGCCUGGGACGGCCCCUCCGCCUCCCAGCCUCCCCUGCAGUCUUGCGGUCAGGAUCCCAGCCACCUCAGCCGCACCCAGGCCAAAGCGUACGCUUCCUCCCUCCCUCUAACCUCCGAGGGGCCUGAGGCGUCCUGCAGACUUCAGCAACUUGAAAAGCAGAAGCACCCAGAAGCUGCGAGCCAACUUCCUGCUGCGCGAGCAGAGGCGCGGAGCGGCGGGAGGCGAGAGCGCGGGCAGAGCUGGGCCGGCUCCCUCCCAGGGCGGGCUCCCCGCCCACACCCCCGCUCCCGCCCCUGGGACCUGCGCGCGGUCCAGAGAGCGGACACCUGCGGCCGUGCGCACCCGCGACAGAGGCGCUCCUUGGGUUUCAGCUGAAUCAUCAGUGUCAACUUCAAGCCAUCAUGAGCUGCCAGAAGCGCAGGUCCCGAAAGGCUGACAUAAAGAACAACACGAAAAUAGAGGACUACUUUCUUCAGGUCCCAAGAGAACCACAGAAUGGCACCAAUAUUUCUCAAACGAAGGCGGGGUCUAGGAAAAGGGUAAGGGAUAUAACAAAUACCCAAGAUCAAGGAUGCCCUUUUCCUAAGAAAAUUCCAGACAACCAGACCAUGCACCUAAAGAAGGUCAUUAACAUUAUCUUGGAUGUAAACCACAGAAAGAACCAAAACAUGAAAUAUGUCCUCCAGGAGAGUGAGCGGGUCACCUUAUAUAAGGCGCUCAGCACUCUCAAAGCUGUCAAAGAAGAGGAAAAAUCUCAGCCAGGCAAAGAAAUGCUGGUGUGUGGCACAGAAGGAAUCGAAGGGUUCCUAAACCUCGGAAUGCCCCUCAAUUGUUUUCCUGAUGAGAGCAGUGUGAGAAUUACUUUUUCCAAACAUGUAAGUGAACAGGAAAAUCACGUAUUUGGCCGGCAUGACAGGACAUCCACUGACUGUAUCAAAUUUUAUAUUCAUGCAAUUGGGAAGACAAAAAAACAGAUUGUUAAAUGUAGGGAGCUCCACAAAGAAGGAAACAAACUCUGUGUCUUUGGUUUCAAAGGAGAAACCGUCAAGGACGCUCUGUGCAAGGAUGGACGUUUUCUUCCUUUUCUGGAGAAUGACCCCUGGAAGCUCAUCCGCAACCUGAAGUACAUUAUAGAAAGCAGCCAGGUAGUGGACAAGUUAGAGGGAGACCUCUUUCAGAUUGAAGUUGAGAACAGAAGGAGCUCCAGGGUGGCAGCCAUGCCCGGGGCUGCACAGAAUUCUGAGUUAGAGAACAGCAACUUCCGUGUGUUGAAAGAAUACAUUGUGGAAGAGUAUCCCACUUUGAAAAGAGAAAUGGAAAAAAUCAGAGAAAACUUCAAGAAAGAAAUGAAAACAGAAAAAAAACAAAGAACUGCAUUAAUUAGGCUGCAUAAAGCCAACUUCGGGAAACAGACAAGAAAUUCUACUCCAGUUAAAAUAAUCAAGCUCCUUUCACGCCUCAGUGAGUCAGUUGGAUUCUUACACUGGAACAACAAUGGAAACGAGGGUAGUGCCACCUGCUUUGUCUUUGCAAAGUCACUCAUUUUAACUUGUCGGCACGUGAUACAUGAUAUUGUGGGGUCAGGGGUGGAGCCAAGCGGGUGGGCAGCCAUAAUUGGCCAGUGUGCGUGGGUGACUUUCAGUUAUGAAGAGUUUGAAACAAAGGACCAUGACCGCUUUUGCAUUGAACCUCGGUUUGAGGUAUCUGAUGUAAACCUCGAUUAUGCGGUCCUGAAACUCAAGGAAAAUGGACAACAAGUACCUGCAGGACUCUACAACGGAAUCGGGCCUAUACCACCUAACGGGGUGGUGUACAUUAUUGGCCAUCCUGAUGGGAAAAUGAAGUCCACUGACGCCUGUGUUGUGAUUCCUCAGAGUGAGCGAACGCAGACAAGCCACAGAAAUUUUAGAACAUCAGUGCCUGAGCCUGACUGUGAACCUAGGUUUCUCCACAUGUACACUCAGAAAAGUUUCCAGGAAAUUCUUCACAACCCUAAUAUUGUUACCUAUGACACCACUUUUUAUUGGGGUUCUUCUGGCUCUCCAGUGUUUGAUUCGCAGGGCUCACUGGUGGCCAUGCAUACUGCUGGUAUCACUGAUCAGUACUUAGGAGGGAAUUUACAUAUCAUUGAGUUUGGCUCCGCUAUGGAAUCCAUCCUUUCUGAUAUGAAACAGAACCACAAGGAGUGGUUCGAACAAGAAGUUGUAAACCAGCAGGAUGUAGAAAUGCCGAGUCAAGAGUACUGAGGACUGGUGAGUCCUCACCUUGCCUAUGCAGUUGCUAUUCCAUAGCUAUGAUGAUGAUUUUCUAAUUUCCCCAGUGGUCAUUUUCAGAAAAAUUAAAAUAGUUGAUACUAUAGACCAGCCAUUUAUAUAAACCCAUGAAGAAAUUUGCCCUGUUAAAAAAUGAAGCUGGAUUGUCAGCUGCUUGCUAAGGUCCUUGUCCUUUUUUCCAGACUGUCAAAGGACGGUGGUGCAUCAAACAAAACCCGUCUUGCUUUGUCACCUUUAGAUCAGUCAGAGUGAAGCAUUUGAUCUCUGGCGAGACAGGGUCUGUGCCCCACCUCAACCUGAAGCAGUUAUCAGAAGACAGCCCCAAAUCCCUUCCGCAUCCCUCAAGAAUAAGGAAUCACAGUGCUGGGGUUGGGAGUCAGGCAGAAUGGAAGAAAUAAAGAAAUUAGAAGGAGACAGGGAAAAUUACAAUUUGUAUAUUGUACUUCUAAGAAGAAGGUGACUUAAAGACAGAGUUACCCAGGGUUUUCCACGUCUGCACACCCUGGCAGCUUGUCUGUGCUUCUUUUCUUUCAGGAGUAUCAUACCACAAAGCCCUUGACCAUGCUGUAAGUCUACAAAUCAACUUAACUGGUAAAGUAAAAGGUAGAGAGACUUGACCUUAAGAGAAAUAGAUUCAAAGGUUUCAAAGAAUGUUUUUAGGCAAUGUAGUUCAUCUUUAAAAAAAAAAAAA